AUGCUCGGCCAGUACUGGGCUGGAGUGCUCCAUCCUAUGAUCCACGUAGGAUACGGUUUGGAGUUUGGUAUCCUGGGUCUCAUCGCCGAGGGUCUCGCCAUGGGAGCAACCAGCGACCUCAUCAACUCCGACAUCCUCGGGAAGUCUUUCUUCAAGAGCAUUCCUGCGCCAGAUAACGUCGUGCUCGCGGCCUCCGUGCUCUCGUCGCUCUCCCUCCGCAACGACCCUCCAUCGGCGCAUGCAACCCACGGCAGCACCGACACGACCGUGUUUGACAUGCUCGCCAGCAUCCUUGCGGACGAGCGCCUUGCCACGCACAAAUCCAAGGACCUCUUCACGGAGCUGGAGUUCACUAUGAACGAGCGAGGAUCCCUUGUCUUCGAGCACGCGGACAGGUGGACGAUCGACGUUUCGAAGCCAGGCGAGAUCAAGAGGAAGAUAGAGGAACUGUUCUGGCUGAACACGCUGAUAUACGCCGUGGCCGGGUGGUCGGAGGACAAGGAAUUCAGAGGCGAUUUCUUCUACAUGCACCUCGUCACGUCCGCCCUCUUCCUCCCCUCACACAUCACCUACCUCUCCCCGCGCUCGCAGAUCCUCCUACUCCGGAGCUACCUCACCAUGUCACUCCUCACGUACAUCUUCCGCGGCCGCCCUCCCGUCGAUUCCCCUGCCAUAACCGCCUUCUGGAACGGCACCACGACCGCACACAACUUAGUCACACCCACCGGCCCGCUCUCCGUCCCGCACACCCCGGUAAAAGCCGUGCCCGCGGACGCAGCACAGAACCUGAACCCGUGGCUCCCGCUCGUGCAGAGCGCGAUCCUGAACAAGAACGAUCACCACGCAAAGAUCGUGCGCACGCUGCUGCACUGCGCGCAGGUGUAUGGAUCACACCCGAAGGGGCACUGGGCUGGAAAAGGUGGCUCGGAUGCGAUCAGGGGCCUCGAGGUGCUGGAUGGGACACUGUUCCUCAGGGCGGCGGAGCUGAUGACGUGGUUUGAGAGGGACGAGAAUCAGGAGUGGGGGCCUGGGCAUCAGAGGUGGGCGUUCGAGGGCUUUUAUGAGUAG